CCUCAUUUUGGCUGGCCACUGACGUCUCUGUCUGAACUUGAUGUCUCGUCAUUAGCUUCCACUGUGUUUAUUAAACUUUAUUUCACAUUUCGUUUUUUUUCGCUGACGAGAUUAUCCAUUCAUCAUGUAUGCAAAAUCUUCUUUGGUUUGAAUUGCGAAAUGUACAUGCCAUGCAGGAGCUGACCUCAGGAUCUUACAGCAAUAGAGGCCCACUUACAUCUGGCGAGGAUGUUCUAGCUACCAUCCUAAGCAAAGAAGAGUUAAGUGAUAGACAUCUCGCAAGCAAGCCAGAAACUGGAUUCAGCAAUACUGGCUUCGAAUUUAGGCACCAGAUUGGAUCACUGUGUCCGAUGCACCAUGAACCUUCUAUUGGUGAGUACCAGGAUGGACAGCAGGAGUGGAAGUAUGAGAAUAACCAGCUGAACAAAUGUGUGGAGAUGGUUAGCUUCACUAGAGAGGGCAUUCAAGUGAUUCACGAGGGAGAGGGUGCUGUGAACCAUGUCAGCACAGAUGGCACUCAAGUGAUUCAUGAGGGAGAGGAUGUGCUAAAUACUCCGCUGAAACCAGUGUGGGCGGAUGAAGAUGCAAAGCUGGUGAUCAGAGGCCAAUGCACGGUUGCAGCAUUGGCCUUGAGGCAGGAGGUAUAUGUUUUGAAGAAAGCAUUGCAAGAAGAAAGAGAGGAGCAUGCACGACUGGUUAUCGCACUGAGAACUACAAUUCGGAAGCUGCGGGAGGGAAAGUGGAGGAAGACGCUGGAGGAAUCCGAUCAUCAUGCUCUUUACUCAUCAAAGGAAGGGGAAUUUGCCUCAGGGGUAGCAGGGGCAAUUGGAGACCUCUUGGCAGCAGGGAAAAUGGUGGGAGCAUUUGAAAAUGACUGCGAUGAGGAAGGUAUGGGUGUAAUUCAAGGACAAAGGAGCAGGGAGGGACUGGAUCUCUGGGCUUCGAUUGUAUAUAAGAAUUGUGAAACAUUGUGCAAGGAGAUGACAGCUGCAGAGUUCAGACUUGAGGAAAUGGCGAGAGAGAUAAGAACCAGAGUUGACAUAUCAACCAAUCUCCUGAACGAGGAGUUUUGUACAAUAGCAGAGAAUGGCAUGCUGAUGGAAAGGAAGAUAGACAGUCUUUUGGAUGCCGCAGCAGCAAUUAAGAUGGAGACGAGAGGUUUUGAAAAGAGACAGUCUGAGAAGGAAGUUUUGAAGAACCAACCACGGGGAAAUUGGGAGAGGGUUAUCCUUUGGCAACGCGUGAAGAGUGUUAUCAGAGACUUGAAGCGUAUGCACAAAGACGAGUCAGCAGGUCUGUGGAUGAAUCAGAAAGAAAUGGAGCACAUUAUGGAAGAAGAAAGGGAGAAGCAUCAUGAGGCCUUGCAGGCUCUUGAGCGGAGGGUCAGUGAGAAAGAAGCUCGUGUGAAUGCACAGCGGGAGCAAGUACGAGAGCUGGUGGAGAAGUGGGAAAGGGAGAGAAUGGAUGCAGAGAGAGAAAUGGAAAAACGGUUAGGGGAACUGAGGCUGGCUACAGAGAAGCGGAUGGCAAUCAUGGAAGGCCAUGCAAAUGACCUACGAGUGAGGGGAGAAGAGGGAGUCAGGAUGAUGAUGGAAGAGAUGGAUAGGUACAAGCGAGCUAGGGACACAGAGGCAGCUGCUCUGAAGGAGAGAAUAGUGAGGCUGCAGGAUAAGAUCGGAUUGCCCACAUGUGGUAGCCAGCCUUACCAUAAGGAACCUCUUAACACAAAAAGAACCGGAGGGCCACGGAAGACAGCAGCGGGGCUUUGGAGAAGAGGAGGAUCACCCCAUAUGGUGCGAUUGCAUGGUAAGGUACGCCACCUCAAAGGAGGUCUGAUGGGCUCCGGUCCAGUUCACAGCAGGGGGUCUACACUUGGGCAUAAUCAGGGUAAGACACUACCAAGGAAAGAAGACAAAAAACAGGAAACAUUCGACCAACACACUGCAUCCUUGCCAACGAGGUGCUUGAAGAAAGUUCAGAAAUGUAAGCUUUCAAAAGGCCGUACAUAUCGAGAUCCCACAACGGUGAGAGGUGGAAAGAAGGUUACAUUUUGUCAACAACUUGAAACGGAGGCAAUGGGAAACAGGAGGUCAAGUCAAGACCAAUUUACAUUGAUGGACAGUUUGAAUCCUGUGAGAGAAUCAGAUGCACAUGGGGUGCCGGUGGAACCAGGAGCACCCUCUGGGCGGAGGAGACAACAUCAUGAUCAUCGUGCUAAAGGAAGAACUGAGUACCAUGGCAGGGUCAGUGCAAACAACUGUGGCGAAGUGUGGAUGCAGGAGCUAGAGGAGUGGAUUGAACGCAUAAGAGGAGAUACCAUGACAGUGGCAGCAGAGGCAGGAGAGACGGAAUUAUCUGUCUUGGCAGGGGAGCUAGCUUAUGAGAGAAGUGAAAGGGAGGCUGCUGAGCGGCAACUGAAAAGAUCCAUGGCAGCAACUGAACGACUGACAAGGCGGCUGCUGACAGUCAAGGGACAGCUGCUUGUAUGUACUCUGCAAUGACAUUACCCAUGACCUUUGCAAGUAAUGA